AAAAAACCUAAAUACAACAAUAACAAUUAGAGUGGGAGUAAUGUAAUUUUUUUUUCUGUUUUGUUUUGUCGAUAUCAAAAUUUUGGCAUUGCGCACCUAUUUUUGUAUUGCAACCAAACAAACAAUCAUUGUAUUCGACCAAUUUGAUAUUCUGUAUUUUUUUUUAAUACUGAAUAAGAAUAACGAAGAAAAAUAUUCCGAAAAUUUUUCCCUCUUCUCACUAUUUAACAGUGCCAUUUUGAUUGACAUUUCGAAUUAUUAUGAUGAUGUUUAUUGUCGAUUUAUCAUUCUAUGUUGAAUGAUAAUCAGGAGCUAUAUAUUUUUCAUUGUUUUUUUUCAAUACUAAUUGAGAAUGGUGAUUUGUGAUGAAUACAAUUGGAUUAAUGACAUCAAUGUUUCAUAAUUAAUGAAUAAAACAACAAAAUAAUAAAAUAAUGGCCACAGAUAGCCAUAAUCAUCUCAUCAUGACUAAUAUCAACGAUAAACAAAAUACUCAACAUCAACUAAGUCAUCAAGCACCAUUAAUUACCGUUUUCGGUGACCUAAGCGAUUUUCUACUUCAGGGACAUCUAGCCACACAGAUCAAUGCAGAUCUUGCACGUGAAAGUAUCGAUUGGCAAAAAAACUGUUAUGAUGUUGCACCCAUUCAGGUCUAUGUUGAAGCAUAUUUUGUACAUUUAAAUGAUCGUCAACAUUUGUUUUGGGAUCCACCACCAACACCGAAAUCGCCAUCUACUGAUAUUCCAUCACAAUCAACAGGAACGAUAGCCAAAUUUUCAGGCACAAUUUCAGCCAAUGAUUCAACCAUCGGAUCAAAUCGAGUACGUCAAUCGAAUGCAUCAACAUUAAAACGCCAUCAUUCGUUUCAGAAUAUGUUAACAUCUGCUUCAAACAGUGGCCAAAAUGUCCGUUCCAUACUAGGAUCGCAUACAAAUUCUAAUUCAGCUAUAGUUGAUUCACAGAAACAACAACAAUUACUUGUAUCGAUUGAUUAUCAUCAUCUGUUUAAUCUGUUAAGCCGAAGAUAUCUGUUGAAUAAUGGUUCACGCGUUUUACUCAAUUCAUAUUGGCUUGAUUCAAAUCAUGAUCUCGAAAGCUAUAAUAGCCAGAUACGUGAAUCUUUGUUGGAUUGGUUUCAAAAAAUUCUUCAAAUUACAUCAAAUCAACAUCAACUUGGCCUUAACCAGGAUUUUAGUCUUGAUUUUUUCGUUGUAAUUGUCAUACGUAAUUGUAUCAUUUCGAACAACAAUAUCAAUCGAACGACAACAAAAAAUCAGCCACAAGAACAAUUGCUCAGUCUGAAUAACUUGGUAAAUGAAAAGAAUCCUUCAUCACCAUCAUCUUCUGCACUAAAUCUGGCCACAGCCAAAGUUCCAAAGAAUAAUGAUAAAUCACCAAAUAGUAGUAAAAAACAAAUGAAUCGAAUUCAAGCACAAUCAUCUCAUCCAUUAUCAUCAUCAAUGUCAUCAUUAAAUACUACGGGUCAUGGAGGUGCUGGAUCGACCACCUAUCUAACUCAUCAACAAUUAUCUGAUCAGAUUCGUAAUGAUCUGCUUGUUUGUUUUCAACUUUUUCGUCAAAAUCAAUCAGUCAAUGGUAGUAGUAUGGCACAAACUGGCAUUCCAGCCAAUAAUUCACGUGUCGCUCAUCAACUUUUAGAACGUAUCAUUAUUUUUGAUUCAACAUCUAAUUCUUCAUCAAAUGCACAAAAUAUGGCAAAUAUAAAUCAAUCUAAUAUAUCGACAGGUUCGAAUGUCGGUGGUCCUAUUACAAAUAAUUUGGCUGCAUCGUCUAAUCCAAUAUUGUCAAGUACGGCACGAACAUUUUCGGCGUUAAGUAAUUUUUCGAGUAGUUCGAUUAAAAUAACACCAUCAUCGAUGGUCUCAAUGUCACCAACAAAAAGUGGAUCUCGUUUAUCGAAAACAUCAGCCUUACUGACGGGAACGUCAUCCACGUCAACAUCAUCAUCAUCAUCUGCUGUUGGUUCAAUGUUAUCCACCACAGCCAUUUUCAAUUACAGCCAAUUUAUUAUCAAAAUUCGUCAGUUUCUGCUUGAAUUUUAUAUUAAACAAUUUGAUUGUCUUGAAAAAUUGAUUCGCCAUAUUCGCGAGCUUCGUACUGAUCCGGAUUGGGAUUUUUUUGGAUUCUUUUUGCUUCAAGAAGAACUUGCUUUUGCUCAUGAAUCGCUUGGUUUUUAUAAUAAAGCAUUAAUUCAAUAUGAUGAACUUGAUGCCCUUUUUUCCCAAUUAAUUUUAAAUGCUUCACAUCAUGGUGGAUUCAGUGCGCCAAAAUGGCUUCGUUAUCGUCUUAUGCAUUCGAUGGAUGAUUCGUUAAUCAUGGAGAAUGGAACGAAUAAUAAUCACAAAAAUGCCAAACACGAAGCCUGGACCGGAUUGUGCCUUUGUAAUCAAGAAUCAAUCAUGAAACUACGGAUGUCGAUAGUUGAAUCUGUUUUGGCCGAUGUUUCAACCACCGUAUCAGAUCUCUCAUCAUUAUCUAGUCCAUUGCUCGGUGGUGAUCCACUCGGUGUAGAGAUAAAACCGAUCAAUCAUCAAAUUAGUCUAUUGGAUUUCCGUAAUUAUCUUUAUGCACGCCAAUGUCAUCUAUUAUGUUUGUUGAACAAACCUUGGGAAUUAGCAUCUCGAGCACUUCCAUUUUUACAAACAGCUGUUGCCGAAUUAAAUAUGUUAGAGAUUUCGAUGACUCCUGGAGGUAUCGCAUGUUGGGUGUUUCUUUCAGUCCUUGAAAUUUUACAUAAAUGUGAACGAUAUAGUGAUUCAUCUCAAUUGGAAUCAUAUUCCUAUCAUACUGUUGGCCUAUGGUCAUAUGCACGCGACAAUUUAAUUGAACUUGGAAAAAUCUGUAACUUGAUGCCCGAUGAUGAUUCCACAAUGUAUGGUUAUAUCAAAUCAGCCAAUACUCGUUCCUCUUAUUCAUCUGAACAUUUACAUCGAAUGGUUGAAUUAGUGGCUGGUAUGGGUGCCGAUCCUCAUAUCCGUCCAUCAAGUUCCAGUCAAAGUGAUGAUAAUUGGAUGAGUCCACAAGAACGUUUAAAAGAUGCCCUUUCAUCAUCAGAAUCAUUUUUACGACAUUAUCUGGAGAUAACUGAAUUAACAAUGGGAACCUACAAACAUAUUGGCCAUAUUCGUUGCGCUCGAUCGAUUGGAAAACAAUUAGCCGAACUUAAUCUGUAAGAAACUAAACAAGCCACAGCAAGCAUUACCUUUUUGUUGGAUCUUUAUCACAUGUUUCAAAUGGAACAUUGGUCGAUACUCAAGCUAGAAGCAUGUCGUUUAUUAGCACAAUGUUUGGAACAACUUUAUUUUAAUAUAUCAAAUACAUUGAUGCAACCUGUUGUCGAUCAUCAAUCAUCUGAAUGUAAUAAUUUCAAUCUGGAGCCAAUUAUACGGAGUGCUUUUCGCACAUAUCUGAUGUUAUUAUUGAAACCAGAAGGAUUAUUGAAAAUUCAAUCACAACAAAAACAAUAUGAUUCAAAUUGUCAUUUGAUGAAUAAGAACCAAAAUAAACAUUCACAACAAUAUUAUUGCCAUAGUUAUUAUGAAUCCAUGUUUCGUCUCCUUCGUCAUUAUGAGAUGCGUGCUGUUAAACUUAAAGAUAUGUUAUUAUUGAAACAGCCAAACGAAACGUUGACAGAAAACUUUAAUGAUUCCGAAUGGUUAAAUCAAAAAUUAUUGGCUAUACAUAAUUCUCAUUCUGAUCUAUUCAAUGAAGGUUCGUCAAAUUCAUCGAUUGGUGGUCGAUCUAGUUCCCGAUUAUCGCCGAGUGAUCCAAACGGUAGCAAUUCAAAUUCGUCUUCCAGCUCGAACAUUAACAAUACUGUUGGUGAUUCUAUUGAAUCAAACAAUCAGAAAAGACAACGAAAUAACAAUCAAAAAUCUGGUUCCAACAAGGCCAAUUCGAAUGAACAUUUGGCCAGUCAACAACAACAACAACAAUGUGGCGGAAAUUGUAAUGAUCCUGUUAUAAGUCAUAAUUAUUCUCAUCAAUCGUCAUCAUCAUCAUUAUCAUCAUCAAAUUAUAAUCAGCCAAAUUUUUUCCAAAUCGAAUCUAUCGAAAUAGACUGUGAUUCAUCUUUAAAUGAUGCAAAUUCUUUACGUUCAAAUGGUAGUUCAGCUAAUGUAACAACAUCUCGAAAGAAUAAUCAAAGUUUUAUUGCCGGAUCUGUAUUGACUUUACGGUUAAGAUUAUAUAGCCAUCUAGGUUUGCCACUAAAAUUAGAUCGUAUACUCGUCACUGUACAAUGUCAUCGAAAUGAUCCUUGGUUAUCUACAUUGCCUAAUUCUGCGAAUAAUCGAAAUGAAAAAAGUUCACAAGAAUCUAUUGCACCGAUUCCAAAAUGUUCAUGUAUGACUGGUACAGAUUCCAAACAAUUGCAACGAGAUUCAUCCGAAAGUCUUGAUUAUAUAAAUAGUUAUAAUCGAUCAUUAUCAUCAUGCUGUCAGCUACUAUCAGCUCAAGUAGAAAGUUAUUAUUGUCAAACAUUACGAUUAGCUGGUGUUAAAUGUUUGAAUGGUGAUCGUUUAUUACGACGUUCAGAUUUUUUUGGUUAUCGAAACGGAUCGCUUGAUGGUUAUCAUAAAUUCAUGUCGCAAUCAUUGCCAAUAUCGUUAUUAAAUCAACGUCUCUCUUAUGAUGAUUAUUCCAAAUAUUUUCGAUUUUUAUCAUCACAAUUUCAAUUUUCUGUUUCAAAUUCCGAUGAAUUGUUGGUGAUGGAAACCGGCCCAAACGAAUAUGAACUACGAUUUCAUUCACCUGAAAAUCUACAAAAUAUUGCCCAACAAUUGGACCUUUUGACAAUUGAUACAUCCAGAUCAGCCUCAAUGAAUCAUCACAUUAAUCAUCUCUGGUUUAAUCUUGAUCAAUUAAUUCUGUUUUGUCACUAUGAACAUUCACCACAAAAUGCAUCAGCUAUGGAUCACAAAACUCAGUCAAUGCAAUUUGCAUUAAUUGAAGAUUUCGCCUCUGCCAUUCGUUCUAUUCAAUUUAAUCGAUCAAUCAGUGGAAGCAUCCCACAAGGAAUCGGUAGUUUUCGUUUAGUGGAAUGUCCACCAUCUAUUGAGCUGGUACCAUUAUUCGAAUCGGAUGAAUUAACUUUUCAAUCGACAAAAUCCCUUGAUCGACAAUCAAAUGAUUGUCGACGUAUGUCAAAUAUGUGUUUUAUAGGUAUUGAACAACCGGUUUGUUUACGAUUAAAUUCAGGAACUUCAAAACUACCGAAAGGUCUAAAAUGUUUCAUCAAAAUUAAUCAAAUGUCAACUAUGGCUGCAAGCACUGCAAUCAUUGCUAAUAAUCAAAAGGAACCAUUUGAAUAUGAUUCUCGUCUUAUCAAUGUUACGUUAUAUCAACCAAAUGAUGGAAAUGAUAAUGAAGAACUUUUGUAUUUUUUUCUUGAUCAUCAUUUGGAACCCUUUGAAACAUAUCAAUUGAAUUUACGCCUUCGUUCAUCAUAUCGCCGAUCUAAAUUGAUUCAAAUUCAUGGCAACAAUAAUUGGAGUCAAAUUGCCAAUAUUGGUCCAAAACCGAAACAUGGAUCAGCAAGCCAAGUUGAUCAAUAUGAAUUCAAAUUGUCAUUAACAUGGACAAAUUCUGAUAAUGUUCCAACAUUUGGCCAACCAUUUGAUCGUUUAUCAUUGGACACUCAAAUUGCCUGUUGCCAUUUUACUUUAUCUGAUCCAUUCGAUGUUUUUCCGCGUGUGUACACGCCAUCUCCCAUGAGUAAACUUUUACAAAUUCAAAUCCGUGGUUCACAACGAUUGCCAACUGAUAUUGAACUAUAUUUUCAACAUCCAACAUUGACCGUUGCAUCUUUGGAUUCAAAUGAUUUAAAUAUACUAAAAUCUAUUGGUAUCGCAAACACCAUAAAUGAUUGUGAAUUUCAACAAAAAUUAAUGGUAGCCAGUGAGCUUAAUUUUGUCUGGUCUUUAGAAACAAAUGAUCAUUUGUUGAAUUUAAACAAAAUGAAUCUCGAAUUUCAUUUCAAACCAAAACGCAUUAUGAAUGAUGAUGGCAAACAACAAUUUGGAUCGAUAGUGAAAAUUCCUUAUAUAAUUUCCAUACAAUAUGUCUGUCGAACACGAUAUACAAUCAGACAGUGGAUUGAACCAUUGAUUAAAAAUCAAUCCGGUACUAAAAAUAGUGCCAGUGAGAUUAUACGGAUUGGACAUUCAUGUUUAUUGCGUAUCAAAAUUGAACGUCUAUGUCCAUUGAAUUAUGAUAAUAAUGGAACUACCGAUUAUAAUGAUGAAGAUGAAUUCAUAAUGUAUGAAUUAAUAUGUGAUCCACAAUUAUGGCAAUUUGUUGCAACAAAUUCUGCACAACAAUUGGAAGAUUCAAACAAUAAUAUAGACGAUAGUAAUAUUGAUUCAAAUGGUCCAACAUCGAUUAAUUCAUUACAAUCGGCUACAACAUUUUCGUCAACAAUGACAACAAACGAUGGAUCACAAGUGAUUAAAUUUAAUGGUCAUUCAUCAUUGGAUGUCAAUAAUGCUGAAACACAAUCACCAAGACGGUCAUUUGAAACUGCAUUCGAAGUAAUACCAUUAAUAGAUGGAUAUAUACCAUUGCCUACAAUCCGAUUAUCACAAUAUCGAAUAAUAUCCAAUGUACAUGAUUCUGGCCGAACAACACCAACAUCAAUUGGCCGUACUGGUAGAACGAAUAUCGAUACAACAGCCAAUAAUAAUAAUAAUAAUAAUACAUUACAAAAAACAACAACCAAUGCAAUUGAAUCAAUUUCAGCAAUGUUAACUGAAAAUCUUUCAUUAUCAGGAAAAAAUUGGUCAAAAUAUCUUACAUCAUCGAAUAAUUCACAACAGGAACAACGAAAUACAAUGGAUAAUAUUAAUGAUGUCCAACAGCAUCAACAUUCAUCAUUGAAUUCAAUUACAUCAUUACGUAAUGCACGAUUAGAACCAUUCGAACCUGGACAGGUUUAUAAUUAUAAUCGUUCCAGUCAAGUUUAUGUAUUACCAUCAAUUGUGGGCGGUGUUCAAAAUGUUGAAAAUUGAAUGAAAAUUAUUAUUAUUAUUUUUUUUUCUUUAUUUAAUUUUAUUUAUAAAUUAUUA